CUUAUCAUCCCAACCAUCUCCUUCCCUUUUGUGAUUUGUGACGGUGAUGGAUCGUUCGUGUGGUCCGUUUUCUAAGUACAAUUCUAAUGGCAAGCACCAUUUUGAUGAUGGAAAAUUAAAUUUGUCAGAUUCGAUUUGCUACGAAGAUGAGCUUCGUCAAAAUUUUCAAAGGAAGCAUGAACAACAUGAACAUAAGAAUUGGGACUUAUCGCCGACUUCGUACAAAGAAGAGGAGGGUAAUCCUGCAAUAACAACUUUAUCUUUGCCUUCUCAAUCUAGAUCUAGUGAUACUCUAGAUCUGAGGCUUAAGGUGGAUGACGGCGGAUUUUCCAACUUGAACUACAACCCUAGAUCUGACGCUAGAUCUGGGGCUUACGUCAGCUCCGGUCGUGGGAUCGUUCGCCCUCCUCCUCCACCGGCAAAGGGCUGGUCUACGAACGGCUUGCCUUCGGAGGGGAGCGGCGCCAGCUCUGAGGUGGGUGCUGAAGAGAGUAACAGCGGUGCCUCGGAUGGCGUCGCCCCGGGGACGAAGGCCGCCGGCGACGAGGUUGGCGCCGGCCUGGAGGCGAACUUCCUCAGCGUCCCCGUCGAUCCGUGGACAUGUCACCAGUGCCGUCAGAGAAAAACAGGGGACACGGCAGAUUGCAAAGGGUCCAAUAAGAGGGGCAAGUGCUCUCUCAGAUACUGCAAGAAUUGCAUACGUAACAGGUACCCUUUGAUUGCGGAAGAGGUGUUGAAGAAGGAGGCCUGGGAAUGCCCCAAAUGCAGGAAUGACUGCAACUGCAGCAGGUGCAGAAAGCGCAAAGGGGAGGCUCCGACGGGGCGAAUGGUCUGUGCUAGCAAGAGGCCGAAGGUCAACCUGGUGCAAACUGAGAGCAAUGAUGCUCUCAAGGAUGAAAUAGUUGUACCCAGGGGCACUCUUGUGACUUGCAUUGCAGGUAUAAAGCUGCAGUCUGAAGAUGUUGGUGCUGCUAUUCAAUUUCUGGAGUUCUGCCGCUCAUUUGGCCAGGUCUGUCGAAUAACGGAGGGGCAACCAGAAGAAACUCUCAGUGACUUAACUCAACUUGAAGAGGUGUCUUCAGCUGUUGCUGACCUUCACAUAAAGUUGUUGUCCGUCAUAGAAGAUGGCAAAGAUAAACCUUUUGAGUAUCCAAGACAUGGAGAUGAAUGGAUAAAAAAAGUCGGCCAGUACAUCACUUUGACGUUACAUACAGAACAUUUCACUCUUAGCUGCUUAAAUCAGGGGGUAUCAGGAUAUAGAUAUUUGAACCCUUCUUGCAAGCUGGAGGUGCUGAAUUGUCUGUGUGAUGAGGCAUUAUCUUCUCAAAAGUUGAGGACCUGCAUUGACAUCAAAGAUAGAGAAUGUGUGGCCACACAAAAAAUCAAAGCUGCAACCAGAAAGCAAAAUGAGCUAAAAAGAAGAUAUGAGAUGGCUAAAGUAAUGGAAGGAGGAGAUACUGCUAGCAAUGAGGAAGCUGAUAAUAUCCUUUCUCAAAUAAAGGAAGCGGAAGAAGUCAAGCAGGCAGCCUGGAAUGAAUUAGGGGUGUUGAAACGUGUUCAUAGGACCACGCCUGUUAUGGAAGACAAAGGAGUAAAAUACUGGAAGCUGGGUGGCUAUUGUAAUAACAAUAUAAACAUCAUGCGUCAAGAGUUCGAUGAAGAAAAUAGAACCAAGAACAAAGACAUGUGGUUCAUGUUCACUGAAGACGAGCAUAAAGUAGUUGAAGAUCAUGUAACUACAAGAUCCCGACGUCUGCGGAGAAAUCAUAACUGGGCGUAAUGAUUUACUGAUCCCAGUCUCCUGCUCUUUCAACUGUUUCAUGGUGGAUGGACUACCCACCCUAGCCGAGACCUGGGAACAUGUGCAAUGUAGAGGCCGUAAGAAGACAGCAGUUUUUCUACAGGAAGGUUGUACAGUUACAGAACAACCAACAAUUCUCGAAGAUUCAGUCACAGCAUCUGGAUACAAACCUUGUGGCAUGUUUUAUCUUUUCCAUAUGGAAACUCCGACAAGACUUUGUAGCACCUUCCAAAGUCUGUUCCCUGGAUGUUUUGAAAUUGAGGGAAAUUUAUCAUUGACAUUUGAAUGGAGUACAGUCAAAUUUACCUGUCUGUAUUUAUAUAAUUAUUAAUCGUUCUAUGGCAGGAAAGGAUUACUUCCUGUCUCGAACAUGAGAGCUUUAAUUGAUUA